AUGUAUGCAGCGCGGAUGAAUCCACAAACGAGCGAAGGCCAACAAAAGCCUAUCGAGAUCUUCGAACAACUGCCUCUUUCCAAGCCGUCAACCUCUGAGAAUGACGAGCAAAGCGAGAGCUCGGAAGGAGAGCGGCCGCCCUUACCCCCGCGACCAAACACGCUGAGUCUAUUGAACGAUGAAACGAGCUCUCGUGCAACUUUACAAGCGGAGGCAACGACUGCAAUUUCACGAGGCGAUGUCGGGAUACAAUCGCCAGAAACUGGCGGAAGUGCCUACUCAACGCUGGCUGCUCGAGGCCUGGCUCGUGGUCCCAAGACUAGGACAAGCCUCAGCCAGUUGGCGAGUCCGCGAGGUAGCGAAGCUGGUGACUCAGCUAGCAUUCGAAGCUCGAUCCCGACUGCUGAUGCUGGGGAUGUGGAAGCGCUGUUCCUUGACUUUGCUGCUUCGGGGUCCAGUGACCAGGAAAGAAAUGCUACAGGGUUGCUGGAUUUUCCCGAAUUUGCGGCGGACGAUAUAGAUGACGAUGGGAUUUUGAGCGAAUUCGAAACUAUCGGUGAGCUGAACGAAGAAGGCGAGAAUGAAGAACUGCUACUGCAGCGGUGGAAAGCAAAACGCAAACACUAUGUGAUCCUUUCUGCGGCGGGUAAACCGAUCUGGACGAGACACGGUGAUAGUGGACUAAUAUCUGGCUAUGUCGGAGUUAUCCAAACCAUUAUAUCAUUCUAUGAAGACGCAGAUGACCAUCUGCGAAGUUUCACUGCUGGUGAUACUAGGUUUGUCAUCUUGACUCGGGGGUCUUUGCAUCUGGUUGCAAUCAGCCGUAUGAUGGAAAGCGAAAACCAGCUUCGCCUUCAACUAGAAGCAUUGUAUAUGCAGAUCCUUUCUACUUUGACCCUUCCCUCUCUGACCCAUCUCUUCUCUGUGCGUCCCUCCACCGAUCUGUCACGGCCCCUGCAGGGCUCAGAAACACUUCUAUCUUCUUUGGCAGACAGCUUCACGCGCGGGUCCCCGUCAACAUUGUUAUCUGCUUUGGAAUGUCUCAAAAUCCGCAAGCAACACCGCCAAAUUAUCAGCAAUGCCCUUUUGAAGACCAAAGCUAGCAGUCUGCUUUAUGGACUGGUUGUGGCUGGUGGACGACUCGUCAGUGUCGUCCGGCCGAAGAAGCACUCUUUACAUCCAGGCGAUCUACAGCUCCUGUUCAACAUGGUGUUUGAGGCUGAUGGUGUCAAAGCCGGCGGUGGAGAAAAUUGGAUUCCCGUCUGUUUGCCUGGCUUCAACAGCAGUGGUUAUCUUUACAUGUAUGUCAGCUUUCUGGAUAUUCGCGACGACAUCGAGAAUAGCGCAGAAAUUACCAAGGAUGAGUCUGUUGCCAUUGUGCUCAUCAGCCCCGAUAAAGAAGCGUUCUACGAUAUGCAAGGAAUGCGUGAUGCUCUCGUGGAGCAACUGGAGAAAAAUGGUAGUCUGAAAGAAAUCAAGAUUGCAAUUGACAAUGGUCGCCCAGCCACUACUGAUAUAGUUCCCGGAACUGUGCUCCAUCAUGUUAUCCAAACCAUUAUAUCAUUCUAUGAAGACGCAGAUGACCAUCUGCGAAGUUUCACUGCUGGUGAUACUAGGUUUGUCAUCUUGACUCGGGGGUCUUUGCAUCUGGUUGCAAUCAGCCGUAUGAUGGAAAGCGAAAACCAGCUUCGCCUUCAACUAGAAGCAUUGUAUAUGCAGAUCCUUUCUACUUUGACCCUUCCCUCUCUGACCCAUCUCUUCUCUGUGCGUCCCUCCACCGAUCUGUCACGGCCCCUGCAGGGCUCAGAAACACUUCUAUCUUCUUUGGCAGACAGCUUCACGCGCGGGUCCCCGUCAACAUUGUUAUCUGCUUUGGAAUGUCUCAAAAUCCGCAAGCAACACCGCCAAAUUAUCAGCAAUGCCCUUUUGAAGACCAAAGCUAGCAGUCUGCUUUAUGGACUGGUUGUGGCUGGUGGACGACUCGUCAGUGUCGUCCGGCCGAAGAAGCACUCUUUACAUCCAGGCGAUCUACAGCUCCUGUUCAACAUGGUGUUUGAGGCUGAUGGUGUCAAAGCCGGCGGUGGAGAAAAUUGGAUUCCCGUCUGUUUGCCUGGCUUCAACAGCAGUGGUUAUCUUUACAUGUAUGUCAGCUUUCUGGAUAUUCGCGACGACAUCGAGAAUAGCGCAGAAAUUACCAAGGAUGAGUCUGUUGCCAUUGUGCUCAUCAGCCCCGAUAAAGAAGCGUUCUACGAUAUGCAAGGAAUGCGUGAUGCUCUCGUGGAGCAACUGGAGAAAAAUGGUAGUCUGAAAGAAAUCAAGAUUGCAAUUGACAAUGGUCGCCCAGCCACUACUGAUAUAGUUCCCGGAACUGUGCUCCAUCAUUUCCUAUAUAAAUCACGCGCGAAUGUGCAGUUUACCAUGUCAUCGUACGCCCCUGAAUUUUCGUCAUUGACUCGACGACGAAGAUUGAUGUCGAUGUACAACAACUUACACGCUAGUAUCCACGCGAAAAAUACACACGUCAAAGUUCAUCACUGCGUCUCGCGGUCGGCGAGCUCCUUUGGGUGGGUAACUCCAGUCUUCGAACUCUACUGCAUUGCUGAGCCGACCACGAACCGAAAUGCACUCGCACAGAGCGCUAGCAAGGUCGCUCAGUGGGUUCAGCGCGAGGAAGAGAGGCUUUUCAUCAUUGGAGGUGCAGUUUUCUGA